AUGAGCAUCAACGAGCUCUUCUCCGCGACGUUCAACUCGCUCCGUCGAGCCAGAUCUGCCGCCGCGACGGGAAGAAAGGCGGAACGAGCUCUUCUCGCUCAUCAUCAUGAAGAAGUGGCGGCCGAGUGGCCCGCCGUGAGCGAGUGGACGCGCAAGCAGGUGCGGGCCUACUUCAAGCGGCAGCUGCAGCUGGACGAGUACGUCGGGGCGCUGCGUCGGGCCAAGGUCGACGGCGCGCGGCUCGUCGCCCUCCACCACGCCAACGCGCUCUACACCACCCUGGGCGUCACCAAGAUCGGACACAAGAAGAAGCUCAUGGUCGCCCUGCGCGGCCUUCUUCAAGCCCAAGCCGACGCAUC